AUGGAACAAAUCGAUCUUUCAACACAUGGCAAGGAUAUCCAGAAGUCGUACGAGACUGUUGUGAGAGGUGAGGGUGAAUUCACCUGGGUUAUUUAUGGUCCAGAUAGCUCAAAAGCCUACCAGGUUGCAGAGACCGGUGAUGACUUUGACGAAUUUCUUCAAUCUUUUGAUGAGUCUCAGAUUCAAUUCGGUUUGGCAAGAAUCAAUCCGCCAAACUCGGACGUUUAUAAGAACCUGCUCAUUGGAUGGUGUCCUGAUUCUGCGCCAUUGAAAUCGAGAUCUUCCUUUGCUCAAAACUUUGCUGAAGUGUCCAGACUCUUGAAAGGUUACCAUGUUCAGGUUACCGCUAGAGAUUCGGACGAUUUGGAUAAGGACGACUUGCUCUCUAGAUUGAGUGCCGCUGCUGGUGCCCGUUACUCCAUUCAGGCCAGUAGAUCCAAUGCUUCUUCUAGUGGCUCUUCCAGUAAGCCAGCUCCAAAACCCUUUGUCCCAAAGCCGGCUUCUUCGUUCACUCCAAAGCCAACCCCGGUUUCGAAGCCAGCUGCAGUUGAGCCACCUGUAAAGAAAGAACCAGAGAUCAUCAAGCCGGCAGUUGCUAAGAAGUACACUGCUCAAGCCGACGAGGAUGAAUGGGAUGAACCAGAAAUUAAGGAAAGGGAUUUGACAAAGGAGCCAUUGAAACCAAAUGUUUCCUCCUGGAAGCCAAUUGGUAAAGUCAACUUACAAGACGUUAUCAGGGAGGAACAGUCUAGACCUGAUCCUAGACUUGAAGUGGAGCAACUGAAGCAAAAGGAUAAACUCAAGAGAGAUCAGGAGCUUGACGAUUACUUGAAAACCAAGACAGCCUCCGGAUCAGCAAAGGUUCCAUUGCCAUCCUCUGGUAUCAACAAAUCUGCUAUAAGUGGAGGUAUCUCCAAGGACUUUGGUUCCGAUAACGGUAAAACACCUGCUCAACUGUGGGCCGAGAGAAAGCAGAAAGCCGCCGGGGGUGCUGUUCCAGCACCAAAGGUUUCUGAGCCUGUAAAGGCACAGGUAGAUGAGGAUGAAGAGCCAUCUGUUUCUGAUUUGAAGAGCAGAUUCGAUCAUUUGGCUGUACAAGCUCAAGAGGAGGAAAGGGAAGAAAAGGUCUUGCCAAAGAGAAGUUCUGCUCCCGCUCCAGUUCCAGUUCCGGUUGCUCAGCCAGAGGAGGAGGAAGAGGAGGAGGAAGAGGAGCCUGUGAGAGCAUCCAUCCCACCACCUCCACCAGCCCGUGCUGUUGAGGAGGAGGAAGAAGAACCUCAACCUGAGAUCCAGGAAGAGGAACCAGAGGAACCAGAGGAACCAGAGGAACCAGAAGAACCAGAAGAGGAGGAGCCAGUCGGUGAGUCAAUUGUUGCCAUUGCUGAAUAUGACUAUGAUGCCUCCGAGGACAACGAAUUGACCUUUGCUGAAGGUCAAAAGAUCAUCAACAUCCAGAAAAUCGACGAAGACUGGUGGUUAGGUGAAUUGGAAGAUGGACAAAAAGGUCUUUUCCCAUCCAACUAUGUUUCCCUCCAAUGA